UUUCUUUUUUUUUUUUUUUUUUUCCCUUUUCUGUUUUAUUAUUAUUAUUAUUCUGUCAAGUUUCUUUUCCCCCUCCCACCUCAACUUAUUCCCUUGGAUUGGAGCGACGCCCACCCAAGCGAAUGUCUCGAUUACUGCCAUAUCGCAACUAGAUGCCACCAUACUUUGCUGACCCUCUGCACUCGCUGCUCCGGGACUUUCCCGUUCUACAACACAGACCACAAUCAAAUUCACAUGCUGGCUGUACGCGACAUGCAGUUCUCUAGCAAUCGAUUGUGUCACCUUUUGAUUCCUCGGACCUAAUAAAUCAAAGGGAUAGGUUUGGACAACCUGCGACGCUCCAACGAUAUCGGCAGGCAGUGCAGCGAAUUAUAAGACUCGUUGGCUGGCAGCUACUCCGUCCCCGAAGAUGAUCAAACACGCCUUGGCCGUUAGGCGGGGGUCAGCCCCCGGACUUUUCCUUUUCCUCAAAGUUUACUUUGUUCGCCUGUGUCUUGUUUUCAAUACCCCUUUCUUCCAAACCCGCUUCUUUGUGCAAUCCUUCAAGCACUUUGAGUUGAACUUUCGAGAUGAGGAGGGGGCAAUACAAGACGUCAGAAAAUGAACAAAAGCCACGCACCGACAAACUCGAAUAAUGUUUCUCGCUUCUCUCAACUUCCAAUACCUUAUCAGGGUCAAUUAAUUUUCAUUUCGACCAUUGACGCAAAGACCUGCAGCGCACCCCAGACGGUGCAUUGCCAAGCCCAUAUGCUACUGCAUCUACUGAGGACCAGAUGAGGUCCGCGCUUUUCUUUACUAAACGGCAUCUCGCAAUCGGGUCUGCAUAUACCGUCCAGAG